AUGGGUCUGAUAGAUCCGACCCUAAACGAACAGGGGACUAUGGUCUUCACAGCGCCCGCAAAAACAAUAUUAUUUGGGGAGCACGCGGUGGUCUACGGAAGGGUAGGUUAUUUCCUCCGGCCAGUUUAGCCCCACUCUCUCAUUUUGGAUCUCAAUUGAAAAUUUUUUCAGUUAGCCGUAGCCGGCGCGAUCGACUUGCGGACAAAGGUUGAGCUCAAAUUUCGGCCGCCAACCGCGACGAACGGCAUCGACGAUCAGAUUGAAAUCACACUGCCUGACCUGAAUUUUACUCGAUCAUUCCCUAGGAAAAAGUUUCUCGAAGCGGCGGAGAAAUUGGGUGAGUUUUGGGAAUUAAUAUUACUCAUGAGGGGGAGAGUUGAAUUUUUUGCCGAAAAAAAAAUAAUCGCUAUGCUAAAAUUUCCAGCCCUUCAAUGUGCACAAGAGAACGAGCCCGAAGGUCUUCCGCCAAGCCCAGAAUUGGCGGUUCCGAUCGCCCAACAGCUCUGUGGCCCCAUUGUUAGCGACCAGAGCCAUGGAAAGCACUCAACGCAUCCAGCUCAAAUCGCCAUCCUCACCUUCCUCUACCUCGCGUUGGGCGUGAUGGCCAAGAACAGGUAAGGAAAUGGGGCGUUUUAUCCGGUGAAAAUUAUUUGGGAGGCAUCUUAUAAGAUAAAAGUGGGCUAGAUGACAUUUUAUACGAUCAAAAUCUUCUUGGAGACAUUUUAUACGAUGAAAAGUGGCUAGGGUACAUUUUAUAUUAUGAAAGUUAUCUAGGGACAUUUUAUACGAUGAAAGUUGUCUAAGGAACAUUUUAUACGAUAAAAGGUUAUAGGGAUAUUUUAUACGAUGAAAGUUGUCUAAGGGACAUUUUAUACGAUGAAAGUUGUCUAGGCGACAUUUUAUACGAUAGAAUUUUUGACGGGCGUUUUAUACGAUGAAAUCUUUCUAAGCGAUAUCUUUUAUGCUCAAAUGAAUUGACAACGUUUACUAUGCUCAUACCUUUCGUUUUCAGAGAUAUACCGGUAUUCAAAAUCAUAGUCACUUCGAAAGUCCCCGUCCGAGUUGGUCUCGGCUCCUCCGGCGCGUAUUGCGUCACACUGGCGGCCUCGUUAUUGCGUCUCGGAGGCCUGAUCGACAUCCCAACCGUAUCAUCAAAGACCGGCGUUACCUGGGAGGAAAAUGAUCUUCAUAUGAUUGAGCAAUGGGCAACGGCGGCCGAAAGCCUGAUCCACGGCCGAUCCUCGGGAUUGGAUGCGUGUGUUUGUACGAGAGGUAGGUUGUAGUUGGGGUAUUGGUUUUUUGGAAAAUUUUAGAAUUUUUUAACUUGUUUUUUGCUCCAGAAUUGCAAGAAUCCAAAUUUUUUUGAUUUGAAAGUCGAAAAAUCUCAAAAUUUUUGCUUUGCAAAUCAUAAAAUUCGAAAAAUUUUUUACUUUUCGAAACAAAAAAUCUCAAAAAUUUGCAUGAAAUCAAAAAAAAAACAAAAAAUCUCAAUUUUUUUACUCUUCAAAUAAAAAAUCUCAACUUUUUUAACAUUUCAAAUCAAAAAAUCUCAAAAUUUUUUAUCUUUCACAUCAAAAAAUCUAAAAAUUUUCCCUCGAAUCGGCCAAUAUCAGUCCUAAUUUUUCAGGCGGAAUCAUCACUUACCGUCGCGGCGAGUACCCGCAGCCCCUGCAGAACACGGUCCGCCUGCGAAUGGUGAUCGUGAACACGAAAGUGGAGCGGAACACGCUCCAAAUGGUGCGGAAUGUGCAGGAUUUGUUGGAGAAGUUCCCCACCGUGGUGAAUCCGAUCUUCGACUCGAUCGAAGAGAUCUCCAAGGACGCCGUCAAACUGCUGACCGGCGAGGCGUUGGUCACAAAGUCGACGUCCAGCUCGCCGCUGAGUGUGAAGAAGUCGGACACGGCGUCGCUGAUGGAUGUGGCAUGCAAUGGGAAUGGGACGAAUGGAACGAAUGGGGUGGUGGAGCAGCUGGCCAAUGGAAUCGACUCGUUGAAGGCCGGCUUCACCGAAAACGGAUUUGAGAACUUACAGGUGGGGAUUUUUGAGAGAUUGGGAGGCUGGGAAAUUAAUUUUGGGGUAUGAACAUGGAGGAGGAUUUUUUUGCCGAAUUUUUUAGCUUUUACCGAAUUUUUUAACGAUUUUUUUUAUUUUCAUGUCAAAAAUAAAAAUUUAAUUUCUCGCAAAGCAAAUUUUUUAAAGAAUUUUUCCCCUAAAAAUCCGGUAAAAAAUUUUGCCUCAUUUAUGUUGAUAAAAAAUUUUUUAUUCAAAAAAAAUUUUAUUUCGUAUCUUCAAAAAUUGUCAAUCAGUUUUUGCUCUCAAAAAAAUUAUAAUGAGCAUUUUGCACAGGGCCAUAAUGCUCAUUAUUUUCCCGACAGAUCGAGAAGUUAUCGAAAAAAAAAUUUGUGGCAAAAAAAUGGUGAGGGGGGACCAAGGCAAUUUUUUCGAUUUUUUUGGAAAAAUUUUUUCGCUGAAAUUUGUUCUAAAUACAGAAUAUACCCCUCGAAAUGGCAUUACUUCAUUUUUCAGGAGCUGUGCCGGAUCAACAAUCAUUUACUGAACGCGUUGGGCGUUGGUCACGCCAAAAUCACACAGAUCAGCUCUCUUUUGGCGCGAUAUGGGAUUCACACGAAGCUGUCCGGAGCCGGCGGUGGCGGGACUGUGUUUGCUUUUAUUACCAAAGGUAUGUCAUACAAAUUUUUUGGAGAAUUAAAUAUUUUUUUAAUUUUAAAAAAAAUUUUUUUCUUUUUUUUUUUUUUGAAAAUUCAGAUUACGUUUUUUCAAUUCAGAUGCCUCCCCAACGCUCCUGGAGAUGAUAGAAACCGAGCUGCGCAAGCAGGGCUUCGACCUGUGGCAGCCCGAUCUCGGCGGCGUCGGUGUUCAACAACAAUCAUGA